AAAUAACUCGCACGACGAAUUGUUCGCCGCUGGACUGGACAUUUUGAGGAAGGUUGAUGACCAGGCCUUUUAAAGUUCAGGCUGUCAUCAUUUCGAACCACAUAAAGGCAUCAAGGAUUCAAGGGAACUUCUUACUAGCAGAACUGAGUAGCUCCCUCCCCCCAUUCCUCCAUGCUCUCCCCAUGUAAAUUUUCUCUUUCAACCUUCUCAAACCAUUUUCCCUCACUGUACACUCAGGUUGAGUUUGAACACAAGUCAAGUCUGAUGGAGAAAGAAUGAUGGCCUCUAAAGUACUACAGAAUCCGUCUCUCAAAGGCUUUCGUCAUAAACUGGCUCUUCUGCGAAGCCUAGACGCCAACUCCACAGCGGUUAGACCGCCCACCCAGCUUUACCACAACCAAGCAAGAACAAUCUCACGCAAGUCUUUUCCCACCGAUUCAAGACUAAGAGGCUUCGUUGCAUGUUCUCCAAGCCUCCAUUACCACGGUAGAACCCAAUCGCACGAAAAUAGAGCAGACUUCAUAUUUAGACAGCUGUCCACAACCUCGGCAUCUACUCAGUCGUCAAGAGAGGUACCCCUAACCUCAACUGUUUAUCCAAACUUGGAACGAGGUACUUUUUCAACGAUAACCCCGGAAGAUGUUACCUUCUUCAAGGAGCUGCUACCCCAAAGGGUUGUUACAGAUAAAGAGGACUUAGUCGCCCACAAUACUGACUGGCUAGGGUCGCUAAGAGGUUCAAGCCAAGUCCUUCUAAAGCCGAAGACCACUCAAGAAGUCUCAAAGAUCAUGGCGUACUGUAACAGUCGCAACCUGGCUGUCGUACCCCAGGGGGGUAACACAGGACUAGUAGGGGGUAGCGUACCAGUGUUUGAUGAGAUCAUCCUAUCAACUGCUCUGAUGAACAAGAUUAUAGAUUUUGAUUCACUGUCAGGAGCACUUGUAUGUCAAGCAGGGUGCAUCCUGGAGAAGUUGGACAUGUAUUUAGCGGGCCAUGGCCACACGAUGCCCUUAGACCUCGGUGCCAAAGGCAGUUGUCAUAUAGGUGGCAAUGUCUCCACCAAUGCUGGUGGGCUCAGGCUUCUACGCUAUGGGAGUUUACGAGGAACAGUGCUAGGAAUUGAAGCGGUUUUAGCCGAUGGACGUAUUAUUGACUGCUUGUCAAGCCUACGUAAAGACAACACAGGGUAUGAUUUGAAACAGAUGUUCAUCGGGUCCGAAGGCACUCUUGGCAUUGUCACCGGAGUGUCCAUUCUGUGUCCACCACGUCCUCAAUCUGUCAAUCUCGCUUUCUUUGGUUGUGAAAGUUUUGAGAAAGUACUGGAUACGUAUAAGGAAAGCAAAGCACACUUGGUGGAGAUCUUGUCGGCAUUUGAGUGUAUGGACAAAGAAUCUAUGAUGUACGUCACUAAGUACUUGAAGUUGAAGAACCCCCUCAGCCAGGAGUAUCCGUUCUACAUUCUGAUCGAAACCUCUGGAUCCAACGCCACCCACGACGAAGAGAAGUUAAACGACUUCCUACAGCACAUAAUGGAAACGGAGCUGGUGUGCGACGGAACAGUGGCAACUGACUACAGCAAAAUCAAGAUGAUAUGGCACAUGCGAGAGGGCGUUAACGAAGCUAUCCAACGAACCAAGGUUCAGUACAAAUACGACCUCACACUUCCCCACAAGGCGUAUUACGACGUCAUCCGUGAAGUGCGCGCCCACCUUCGUGACAACCACCCAGAGUUACCCAUUUGUGAUGUAAUCGGCUACGGCCACGUGGGUGACGGAAACCUACACAUGAACGUUAUAGUUGAGGAGUUUUCGAGCGAGAUCAAAAACGCCCUCGAGCCAUUUGUGUUCGCUCUGACGGCGGAGAAAAAGGGAAGUAUAAGUGCGGAGCACGGACUCGGCUUCAACAAGAGGAAGUUUAUCGGGUACAGUAAGACGGACGAAGCUGUGAGGGUCAUGCAACAAAUGAAGAGGCUGUUCGAUCCAAAAGGGAUUUUGAAUCCGUAUAAAACUGUUCCGGAUCCAGAAGUCUAAAACUGACGCUCUUGAAGUAGCGAUCAUAAUCAUGAGUUUGCCAUUCUUAGAUCUUAUCCCCUGCAUUCAAAGGGUUGUACAUGUAGGCAUAUUUCGUUUAAUGUGGUAACCAGACUGAUUGUACCUGUUUGGAGGAUCAAGGGGCAAAGUUCCCCUGUGUUGAAAUGUGUUGUUAACAUGCAUCGCUUAGUAUGGUUACCCGCGCAGACUGUUUUUGCUUGCUUGUAGGAGGGGCAAAGGUUUGCCUUUUUGUAUUUUGGUAAAUGACAAGAAAGAGAGACAUCUUGUUUAUUAAUAAUGAUGUGAAGAAAUGGUGUUUAAGAUUUGAGGUUCCUUUCCAGCAAUGCAUGCACGCUACAAAAAAAGAAUUAUUUUCUAUUUUCAAAUCAACCAUGAAAAGACGAUUAAUAAAUUGGCUGCAAUUUGGUUAACUUUUCGUUUUUUCUUUAAUAGUGGGAUUAGUGGUACUGCAAAAUGGCUUCAUUUCACACAAGUUGCAAAAUAGUUUCAAAUGUUACUUCUUUUUUUUUUUUUGGGGGGGGGGCUAAAAUGCCAUUGCUCCAAUU